GGCGGGGGUACGGAGGUGGCAGCUGUGGGAGGAGGCGGUGCGGGCGGCCGAGGAGCUCCAGCCCCGACCAAUCCCCACGUCCCGGGCCGCGACCCUGAGCCUGCAUCGCACCGAGAAGCGAAACCGGCCGGAUGGGCCGCUGAGCCCGAGCCGGGGACCGGUGAGGCUAGAGCAGAGCCGGCAGCCCGGCCCGGGCGGGAGCGCGCCCGCGGACUGCAGGCGUGGAGCCCCCUGGAGCCCAGAUCAGCAUGUUCCGCUUCAUGAGGGACGUGGAGCCCGAGGAUCCCAUGUUCCUGAUGGACCCCUUCGCCAUUCACCGCCAGCACAUGGGCCGGAUGUUGUCCGGCGGCUUCGGAUACAGCCCCUUCCUCAGCAUCACAGAUGGCAGUGUGCCGGGGGCCAGGCCUGCCAGCCGCAGGAUGCAGGCUGGGGCUGUCUCUCCCUUCGGGAUGCUGGGAAUGUCGGGUGGCUUCAUGGACAUGUUUGGGAUGAUGAAUGACAUGAUUGGGAACAUGGAACACAUGACAGCUGGAGGCAAUUGCCAGACCUUUUCGUCCUCCACUGUCAUUUCCUACUCCAACACGGGUGACGGGGCCCCCAAGGUCUACCAAGAGACAUCGGAGAUGCGCUCGGCGCCAGGCGGGAUCCGGGAGACACGGAGGACCGUCCGGGACUCCGACAGCGGACUCGAGCAGAUGUCCAUUGGGCAUCACAUCCGGGACAGGGCUCACAUCCUGCAGCGCUCCCGAAACCAUCGCACAGGCGACCAGGAGGAGCGGCAGGACUACAUCAACCUGGACGAGAGCGAGGCCGCCGCGUUUGAUGAUGAGUGGCGGCGGGAGACGUCGCGGUUCCGGCAGCAGCGCCCACUGGAAUUCCGACGGCAUGAGGCGUCAGCGGCUGGCGGCCGGAGGGCCGAGGGGCCGCCUCGCCUGGCCAUCCAGGGACCUGAGGACUCCCCUUCCCGACAGUCCCGCCGCUACGACUGGUGAGGGCCCCGGGCCCUCAGCCUCUCCUGUACAGGCUGAGAGGCUGAGAAACCAUCCCCUGAAAUAACUUUUUCCUCUCCAACCCCCACCCCCAAUUUAAUAUUAAAUUAACAGGCAGGCUGGCCCCCACCUCUCCCUGGGGGUCUCAGGGAGAGCCUUUCACGGCCCCCUCGACCUACUUUUUGCUUCUCAUCCCUUCCCACGGCCGCUUCACCUGCCCUGGAUCUAACUUGACCUCACAUUGCUGCUCCAUCUCCGAAGCUCCUCACUCUCCCAUUCCACCCUUGCUGUGCAUCGGAGGGUCUUUGGGGGUGAGCUCUAGGUUCAGGGGCCUCCUCCACCUCAGCCACCCUGGAUCUUCGCCCAGCUCCUCCUCCGAGCCCGCGUGGCAGGGGCCCUACAUAGCCCUGUCCAGGGCUCUGGAACCAGGGACUGCUUCCCGACUCUUUCUCCCUCCCCCUCCCGCCCACGCACACAUCACAGAAAUCUUCCCUCCACCCUUCUCUGCCUUUAUUUUUUGAUUUGUGCAACUUGUAACUAGGUGGUUAUGGAAUAAAGGAGAAUGGGAAAAAAGAC